ACGCAGGCUCAUCCCCGACGACCACGAGCACUCCCCCAUCUGUCCUGCGCCUGUAUCUAGCUGCCCUGACCUUUUUUCCGUCCGAUUGACGUGUGUGUGUUGCAUGUGGUGACUGAGGAGUCUGCCCUUCGUGUGAUCUAUCGCAGGAGCUUACCUCCUCUGUUGGCGUUUUUUCCACUGCCUGCGCUGUGUUGUGCUUGCUGUUGUGUCUGCUUGUGAGUGAGUGAGUGAUCAUCGCUACUGUUGAGUGAGUGAGAGAGGGAGUGACUGUCUUUCUCCAUAUCGUACCUACUGUCUGUCUGUCUGUCCGGUCGGCAGCCGGCUGCUAUGAGGAGUCACCAUCAUGUUUUCUUUCGUCGUGGAGCAUUUAUCGCCGCCUUUGUUCUCCUGGCUGGCAUCUUCGAUCAGCACCACCCGGCCUCCGCCCAGGCCUUCCCCUUUCCCAACUUCAGCCUCCCGAAGCUGCCGUGGGACUCAGCGCCAAGCCCGUCAUCCCCCACCCCCAAAUCAGCAUCGCAUCGAGAUGACGACGCUCUUGUCCACCAUCCCCUGUGCGACUGGCUGAAGCAGCAGAAGCAGGCCAUCCAGGACGCGGCUGACCACUUCAUCGACGCCACUUCGUCAACGUCAACGACAUCGCAUGAGGUGCCCAUCCCCCUCUACGAGCAGAAGAAUGCCGGCGAGACCGAGCGGUACGUCAUCGAGGGUGGCGCCUACAACAACCGGCAGCAGCGGGAGAGCGCCGGGCUCUUCGGGCUCGGCCUGCUGCCAACUUAUGAGGACAGCUCCCAGCCCAAGAUCGAGUGGACGUCGCUCGUCAAGAGCAUGCUGGUGCGGCGAGCGUCGGACGACGAGCUCAACCACCUGAGCAACAGCAAGCCUUUCCAGCUGGUGGGGCUGCAGGUCUCACUGCCGCGCAAGAUCGACAAAAAGGUGGAGGAGUUGCUGGCAGAGAUGGAGGGCGAGCUCGGCGGGGAGGGCGGCGCUGCGGCAAGCGAGGCGGAGAGGGAGACGAUGGCUGAGGAGCAGGUGGAUUUGGUGGUCAGGGCCGUGCUGCGCGAGGAGCUGCAGCUGUCCGCACAGGACGCCAUGCAGAAGGCAUACGCAAAGUAAGCGACCCGACACACUCAUCCACACGCACGGACCCACUGACGCCAUCUCUGUUCUUCUGUUUCAGGGGCCACGUGACGACACACAAGGAGAGGAAGCAGCACAUGACCAAGAUCCACGAGGAGCGCGACGCCCUCAUCAAGUCGAUCAUGCAGCCCAUCCGUGAGAAGGUGGAGGCCAUGGGUGGGCAGGGCCGGGAGAUCUUCUCGAUCAGCCCCACCAUGCGCAUCACCUUGCCCUUGGGUCGAGUGCGUGAGCUGGUGUCGAUGGACGAGGUUGAGCUGGUGUACAAGGAGGAGGAGUUUGAGAAGGAGGUGUGCGACGGCAGCGACCUGCGCAAGAUACACCAGUUCGACAACUUCCUGGACGACGGAUACACUGGAGAGGGUACCGUCACCCCUCGCCCACUCCCCCCCCACCCCCCCCCUAGACACACAGAGACGACCCCCUACUCUCUGUCCAUGUGGUUGGUGUCUGCAGGUCCGAAGGGCAGCAGUCCCGACAUUCCCAUCGGUGUGUUUGAGAUCGCAACCAUCAACCCCCACCACCCCGGAUGGCUCGACUGUGGCGACGGCAUCGAGGAGGAGGGCACACACGGAGAGGCCUGCAUCAACGGCAAGUUCGGCAGGUUCAUCAAGACCUUCUCAUGCAUCCAGGAGAGCGGGUGCAACGAGACGUCGACACUCAACAGGCCCUAUGACGAGCACGCCAUGGGUGUGGCCUCCGUUCUCUUUGGGGACGUCACUGGCGGACAGGACCCUGGUAUCCAAGACAAAAUCGCGCAGGUACGUGAAUCGAGAGAGGGACACACACACACACACACACACACGGGGAGAGACAGACAGACAGACAGACAAACAGACAGAGAGAUUGUUCAUGUCCGUCUGUCUGUCUGUGUAUAGGUUGCCCGCUCUGGUGGCGCCACGGAGGCGUCAGCUUUCUUCUUUGAGCUUGGCCCCUCCACCCUCGCCCUGCAGCGCGCCCUGGACGCCAUCCUGCUCUACGAGAAGACCAUGAGCACCGACGGCCCCUUCAUCGUCAACUACUCGGCAGGCAUCAUCGAGGGCGAGUCCGACUGCAGCGGCACCGACGGCGUCUCACGCAUGGCCAACGACUUCUUCCGCGCGGGCAGGGUGUUCGUCAAGAGUGCGGGGAAUCAGGGAGGGGGCGGGGGCAAGAGGUGCACCGUCACACGGCCAGGGAGUGCCCAUGGGAUCCUCACUAUUGGGUCGCUUGGCGACACUCCCGACCUCAUGGACGAUGAGAGAUGCGAGGCAGAACAUAUCAGGUACAGACACACAGAGGGCAGCUCAGCCAUUCAUCUCUCCUCUCUCUGUUUCUCACGUCGACAGCUCGUUCAGCUCGCGCGGCGGCGACGGCGAUCGCAGCAUCGUAGACCUAGUGGCGCAGGGCUGCUGGUCCUCCAUGUAUGACACCGAUGCAGGCUACACCAACAAGGCGUGCGGCACCUCCUUCGCCGCACCAGUGGUGGCCGCCGCAGCAGCCGUCUUCGCCGACUGGUACCUCAACUCGCCCAUCGGCAGCCUCAUCGAGGACCCGGGCGUGCUGAUGGCGGCCAUGCUCAUGAUGGGCGACAGGGGCUCCAGCUCGGGCAGCAAGAGACUGGAGAAGGGCUUCGAUCCACUGUGGGGCGCGGGGGCGCUCCGGCUGCGGAGGUUCGAUGACGCUGGGCUGGACGAUCCUUGGAGGUAGGCACAUCACAUGGCGGCAUUUGGUGUGGGGAUUGGGUUGGUUGAUGUGUGUGUGGGGUGGUGUGGUGUGUGUAGGUGGGCUCUCGGGUGGACGUGCAUCGACGACGGCGAGAUCCUCGAGCUGCAGGUCAACGAGGGCAAGAAGAUCGACAAGGACGUCGACAGCUUCACCGGGGUCAUCUUCUGGUAACCACUAAGCCCCUCCCCUCUCACCCCCCCUCCCCCUCAUACACACACAGCAUCACUGUAUCUGCCACAUCCAUCAGGUUUGACGAGAAUGCGGAGCAAGGUCUGGCCUACGCCGACCUCGAUCUGAUCCUGAAGACGGCGGACGGCGACGAGAUCAUGGUGACGUCUGCCUCUCAGUUCGACAACAAGGAGCGGGUGUGGUCGGACAAGGUGGGCGGCAAGUCGAUCAAGCUGGAGGUGACGGGCUACGGCAUCCCCACCACACGCGCCGACCCUAUAUGUGGAGACGCAUCGCAGAAAGUCUACUAUGGGUGAAGACAGACUCACACAGACACACAGAGGGGGGGCCAUACGGCCAUAUGCGGGUGUGUGUGGCGUGUUGGGUGUGGUGGUUCAGGUGGUAUUUCGAGGACCAUGACAGGGAUGACAGCAACGGCCCCACACUCGCCCAGGCGUCGGUGAACGUCUGAGCGAUGCGAUCCAUCGUCCAUUCCAUCCAUCCAUCCGUCCAUCCAUCCAUCCACACACAGACGCUGUUUUCCUGUUGCCUUAUUGCUGAUUGGAUUUAACCGUUCCUCUUAACUGAAGGGGAUGUGUGGGAGGGAGCCAGCC